AUGAAGAUGAGGCUGGUUUAUGCUUUCAUUCUGAUGAUGGGCGCUCUUUGCUUGUACUUCAGCAUGGAACCUUUUGAGGAACCGCCAAUUGUUUACAAGAAAGGUCACGGGAAGUUCCUCCAGCUUCCAGAUAUAGACUGCAAGCAGAAGCCCCCUUUCCUUGUGCUGCUGGUGACUUCGUCCCACAAGCAGCUGGCGGCUCGCAUGGCCAUCCGCAAGACAUGGGGUAGAGAGGCAGAGGUGCGGGGAAAGCGUGUGAAGACCCUCUUCCUCCUGGGGGCCUCAGACAGAACCUAUGAGAUGAAUGCCAUAGCCCAGGAGGGCAAGCAGUACCGUGACAUCAUCCAGAAGGAUUUCAAGGACAUCUAUUUCACCUUGACCCUGAAGACCAUGAUGGGCAUGGAAUGGGUCCACCACUUUUGUCCUCAGUCAGCUUUUGUGAUGAAGACAGACUCAGACGUGUUUGUGAAUGUUGGUUAUCUGACUGACCUGCUGCUAAAAAAAAACAAAACCUCCAGGUUCUUCACGGGUUCCAUAAUGUAUGAUUACACUCCCAUCAGGGAGACAUUCAGCAAGUGGUUUGUGAGUAAAUUUGAAUAUCCCUGGGACAGGUACCCACCUUUUUGUUCUGGUACAGGUUAUGUCUUUUCUAGUGAUGUGGCCAGCAAAGUUUUCAAUGUCUCAGAGAGUGUCCCAUUCCUCAAGCUGGAGGAUGUGUUUGUUGGGCUCUGCUUGGCCAUGCUGAAGAUCCAGCCUGAGGAACUCCACACUGAACCGACCUUUUUCCCAUUUGGCUUAAGCUUCUCUGUGUGCAGCUUUCGGAAAAUUGUGACCUGCCACUCCGUGAUGCCCCAGAACUUACUCACUUACUGGCAGGCACUGGAGAACUCUCAGGAACAGAAUUGCUCUGCUGUCUGAGGGGAGCCUGUGGCGCAAACUUCCAAUAACCUUUGGUGAUACUUGGGAAGAUCUGGGAUGACCUUACUGGGAACUGUCAGGGGUAGAGAGAGAAGAAGGAGGAAUGCAAACAGUGUUGUUCUCAAUGCCAUUCAUAUACAAGCAGAGUCAAGACUUGUUCCCACUUGGCACCCAGAGCAAUAGCAGAUCUCAUCUACCAGGCUUUUGCACUAUGUUCUCAAGGUUUGAGACAUGCCUUCAUCUGCUCAUUUCAGGGCUCAGUAUACAUAUGAAGCCAUGGAUGUGAUCAUUCCCAUUUUACAGGUCAGGAGCCAGUAGCCAUGGUUACUUACUUGUCCAAGGACGCCCAGCCUGAGGAUGGAGCAGGAAUGACAAUCAAUUGUUUUGCUAAUUCAACUGGUGACCCCCCAACUGAGUGUCCCAUUAUUUGCCAGAUGGCAGUGGUGGAAGAAGCUUAGGGUGGGUGUCUUAAAACAAAUAGUGUCCUUCAGGCCCUCUCCUGAGUCCCCUGCCCCUCACUUCCCAAUCCUUCUACUUUUAAAUGCUAAGUCUGGGAUGAACCAGCUUUCUCAGCCCUUUCCCCUCACUUGAAUGAUGUAGCUAGGCAGUGAGUCUGUUAGCUACUGCAUCCUCAAUGCAUCUUCAAUAUGAGACAUGCACACCUGCAGACACUAGCUCACCUCCAUGCUAGAGGAAACUGGGUUAUAUGAGCAUAUAAAUCAGCCUGAGAAGCCAUUGGUGAGUCUUCCUAUAUAGGCUGAUCACAUUGCUGAAAUCCUAGUGAGGGUGAUAUCUCCUCUGAAUCUUCUGGGGCACCUGGUCUCUGCUGAGGAUGUCUUGAUGGAUUAAUGGUGAUCAGUUGCAGCUCUGGAGCACUUUAGACCUCUAAGUUCAAACUCAAGAAGAGCCAGGCACAGGCAUGGUCUGGUGUAGGAGUUCCUUCUGUUUGUGUGCUGCUUUCAUUGGUUAAAGAAUAAAGAAACU